AGGACAAGUAGAUUUAAUGUAUUUGAAUGGGAUAAAAAUAUACUAUCAGCAUUAUUUGCUUAUAGAACCACAAAAAAUAGUACAACAAAGUAUACACCAUUCUAUUUAAACUAUGGAAGAAAACCAAUUUUACCUAAUGAA